ACCUGCACAUUUCUGAAAUGCUCAGAGUAUGUUACUCAGUAUGUACCCAUACGUUCUGUGGACCUACUUCUGUCAAGAUACUUUGUUAGGUUGUGAUUAGUUCGUUGCAGCUGGUGGUUGCAGGGACGGCUGGAAGCAAGGAGAGGAAGGAGAGGAAGUCGUAGCUGGGAAGGGAGCCAGGAAGCGGGCGCCAGAUCCAGGAGCUGCUAGAAAGAAACGAAACUGAAAGCAGGGAAUUUACCAAGUUUGGGGAGGAGGAGUGAAACCUAAGGAAGACAGGACCAGCAGUGCUGGUCCCCAUUUCACGCCACUCGCGAGACCGACGACCUAGGUCCUGCCGAGCUGGGCGUGGUGCGGAGAGCCGAGCAAGGAAACCAGAAAUCUGAAGGCCGCGCCAGAGCCCUGCUUCCCCUUGCAGCUGCGGCAGGUAGCCAUGGACUUGUACCGCACCCCGGCCAGCGCGCUGGACAGGUUCGUGGCCACAAGGCUGCAGCCGCGGAAGGAGUUCACAGAGACGGCGCGGCGCGCCCUGGGCGCCCUGGCCGCUGCCUUGAGGGAGCGCGGGGGCCGCCCCGGAGCUCUAGCCCCGCGGGUGCUGAAAAUCGUCAAGGGAGGCUCCUCUGGCCGGGGCACAGCUCUCAAGGGUGGCUGUGAUUCUGAACUUGUCAUCUUCCUCGACUGCUUCAAGAGCUACAUGGACCAGAGGGCCCGCCGUGCAGAGAUCCUUAGUAAGAUGCGGGCAUUGCUGGAAUCCUGGUGGCAGAACCCAGUCCCUGGUCUGAGCCUCAAGUUUCCUCAGCAGAGCGUGCCUGGGGCCCUGCAGUUCCGCCUGACAUCCAUAGAUCUUGAGGACUGGACGGAUGUUAGCCUGGUGCCUGCCUUCGAUGUCCUGGGUCAGGCCGGCUCUCGAGUCAAACCCAAGCCACAAGUCUACUCUACCCUCCUCAACAGUGGCUGCCAAGGGGGCGAGCAUGCGGCCUGCUUCACAGAACUGCGGAGGGACUUUGUGAACAUUCGCCCAGCCAAGUUGAAGAACCUGAUCUUGCUGGUGAAGCACUGGUACCACCAGGUGUGCCUACAGGGGUUGUGGGAGGAGACGCUGCCCCCGGUCUAUGCUCUGGAAUUGCUGACCAUCUUCGCCUGGGAGCAAGGCUGUAAGAAGGAUGCUUUCAGCCUGGCCGAAGGCCUCCGGACUGUCCUGGACCUGAUCCAACAGCAUCAGCACCUGUGUGUUUUCUGGACUGUCAACUAUGGCUUCGAGGACCCUGCAGUUGGGCAGUUCUUGCAGCGGCAGCUUGAGAGACCCAGGCCUGUGAUCCUGGACCCAGCCGACCCCACAUGGGACCUGGGAAAUGGGGCAGCCUGGCACUGGGAUUUGCUAGCCCAGGAGGCAGCAUCCUGCUGUGACCACCCAUGCUUUCUGAACGGGAUGGGGGAUCCAGUGCAGCCUUGGCAGGUGCCGGGCCUUCCACGUGCCAGAUGCUCAGGUUUGGGCCACCCCAUCCAGCUAAACCCUAACCAGAAGACCCCUGAAAACAGCAAGAGCCUCGAUGCUGUAUCCCCAAGAGCAGGGAGCAAAGCACCUUCAUGCCCAGCUCCCGGCCCCGCUGGGGCAGCCAGCGUCGCCCCCUCUGUGCCGGGAAUGGCCUUGGACCUGUCUCAGAUCCCCACCAAGGAGCUGGACCGCUUCAUCCAGGACCACCUAAAGCCGAGCCCCCGGUUCCAGGAGCAGGUGAAAAAGGCCAUCGAUAUCAUCUUGCGCCGCCUCCGUGAGAACUGUGUUCACAAGGUCUCAAGAGUCAGCAAAGGGGGAUCAUUUGGCCGGGGCACAGACCUAAGGGAUGGCUGUGAUGUUGAACUCGUCAUCUUCCUCAACUGCUUCACGGACUACAAGGACCAGGGGCCCCGCCGCGCAGAGAUCCUCGAUGAGAUGCGAGCGCAGCUAGAAUCCUGGUGGCAGGGCCAGGUCCCUGGCCUGAGCCUUCAGUUUCCUCAGCAGAAUGUGCCUGAGGCUCUGCAGUUCCAGCUGGUGUCGACGGCCCCGAAGAGAUGGACAGAUGUUAGCCUGCUGCCUGCCUUUGAUGCUCUGGGGCAGCUCAGUUCUGGCACCAAACCAAAUCCCCAGGUCUACUCGAGGCUCCUCAGCAGUGGCUGCCAGGAGGGCGAACAUAAGGCCUGCUUUGCAGAGCUGCGGAGGAACUUCGUGAACAUUCGCCCCGCCAAGUUGAAGAACCUGAUUCUGCUGGUGAAGCACUGGUACCGCCAGGUUGCGGCUCAGAACAAAAGAAAACGGCCAGCCCCUGCCUCUCUGCCCCCAGCCUAUGCCCUGGAGCUCCUCACCAUCUUCGCCUGGGAGCAGGGCUGCGGGAAGGACUGUUUCGACAUGGCCCAAGGCUUCCGGACAGUGCUAGGGCUCGUGCAGCAGCAUCAGCAGCUCUGUGUCUACUGGACGGUCAACUACAGCACUGAGGACCCAGCCAUGAGAAUGCACCUUCUUGGCCAGCUUCGAAAACCCAGACCUCUGGUCCUGGACCCUGCUGAUCCCACCUGGAACGUGGGCCAGGGUAGCUGGGAGCUGUUGGCCCAGGAAGCAGCAGUGCUGGGGAUGCAGGCCUGCUUUCUGAGUAGAGAUGGGACAUCUAUGCCGCCCUGGGAUGUGAUGCCAGCCCUCCUUUACCAAACCCCAGCUGGAGACCUCGACAAAUUCAUCAGUGAAUUUCUCCAGCCCAACCGCCAGUUCCUGGCCCAGGUGAACAAGGCUGUUGAUACCAUCUGUUCAUUUUUGAAGGAAAACUGCUUCCGGAAUUCUCCCAUCAAAGUGAUCAAGGUGGUCAAGGGUGGCUCUUCAGCCAAAGGCACAGCUCUGCGAGGCCGCUCAGACGCCGACCUCGUGGUGUUCCUCAGCUGCUUCAGCCAGUUCACCGAGCAGGGGAACAAGCGGGCCGAGAUUAUAUCCGAGAUUCGAGCCCAGCUUGAGGCAUGUCAACGGGAGCAGCAGUUCGAGGUCAAGUUUGAAGUCUCCAAAUGGGAGAAUCCCCGUGUGCUGAGCUUCUCACUGACAUCCCAGACGAUGCUGGACCAGAGUGUGGACUUUGACGUGCUGCCAGCCUUUGACGCCCUAGGCCAGCUGGUCUCUGGCUCCAGGCCCAGCUCUCAAGUCUACGUCAACCUCAUCCACAGCUACAGCAAUGCAGGCGAGUACUCCACCUGCUUCACAGAGCUACAGCGGGACUUCAUCAUCUCUCGCCCUACCAAGCUGAAGAGCCUGAUCCGUCUGGUGAAGCACUGGUACCAGCAGUGUCACAAGAUCUCCGAGGGGAGAGGCUCCCUACCCCCAAAGCAUGGGCUGGAACUCCUGACUGUGUACGCCUGGGAGCAGGGCGGGAAGGACCCCCAGUUCAACAUGGCUGAGGGCUUCCGCACGGUCCUGGAGCUGGUCACCCAGUAUCGCCAGCUCUGUAUCUACUGGACCAUCAACUACAACACCAAGGACAAGACUGUUGGAGACUUCCUGAAACAGCAGCUUCAGAAGCCCAGGCCUAUCAUCCUGGAUCCGGCUGACCCGACAGGCAACCUGGGCCACAGUGCCCGCUGGGACCUGCUGGCCAAGGAAGCUGCAGCCUGCAUGUCUGCCCUGUGCUGCGUGGGACGGAACGGCAUCCCCAUCCAGCCAUGGCCAGUGAAGGCUGCUGUGUGAAGUCAAGAGAAUCAGUGGUCCUACUGGAUGAAGAGAAGAUGGACACCAGCCCUCAGCAUAAGGAAAUUCAGGGUCCCCUGCCAGACGAGAGAGAUUGUGUGUGUGUGUGUGUGUGUGUGUGUGUACCCAUGUAUGCAUGUGUGUGUUUUAGUGAAUCUGCUCUCCCAGCUCACACACUCCCCUGCUUCCCAUGACUUGCACACUAGGAUCCAGACUCCAUGGUUUGACACCAGCCUGCAUUUGCAGCUUCUCUAUCACUGCCUUGACUCUAUCCUGCUUCCCACGACCACUGCUGCUUCCCAGCCAGCUGAGAAUGCCCCCUCCUCCCUGACUCCUCUCUGCCCAUGCAAAUUAGCUCACAUCCUUCCUCCUGCUACAAUCCAACCCUUCCUCCCACUGGCCCCUCCUUCUUCCCAAAUCUAAAUACUUUAUAUAGGGAUGGCAGAGAGUUUCCAUCUCAUUUGUCUGCCACAGCCAUUUGGUACUGGCUACCUGGAGCCUUAUCUUCUGAUGGGUUUUAAAGAAUGGCCAAUUAGCUGAGAAGAAUUAUCUAAUCAAUUAGUGAUGUCUGCCAUGGAUGCAGUAGAGGAAAGUGGUGGUACAAGUGCCGUGAUUGAUUAGCAAUGUCUGCACUGGAUGCAGAAAAGAGAAGGUGCUCAUAGGUUUACAGUGUAUGUCUGGGCUCUUGAGGAGCCCUCUGAGCUCAGUUGCUAGCAGGAGAGUAUGCCCAUAUUGGCUUACUUUGUCUGCCACAGACGCAGACAGAGGGAAUUGGGACAUGCAUGCUAUUGGGACCUUCUUAUUGGACAACUAAUUGGAUGCCUCUUCAUGGGAGGCCUCCUUUUCUUCACCUGUUAUGCUGCACUCCUCCCUAGUUUAUACAUCUUGAUGCUGUGGCUCAGUUUGCCUUCUUGAAUUUUUAUUGCGUUCCUGUUUUCUCUCCUAACAUGCUGAGAUUCUGCAUCCCUGGAGCCUAAACCUGAGCCAGUGGCCAAACAGCCAUGCUCAGCCUUUUUCUCUCUGCCCUCCAGAGCAAGGCCCACCAGGUCCAUCCAGGAGGCUCUCCUCACCUCAAGUCCAACAACAGUGUCCACACUAGUCAAGGUUCAGCCCAGAAAACAGAAAACACUCCAGGAAUCUUAGGCAGAAAGGAUUUUAUCUAAAUCACUGGAAAGGCUGGCGGAGCAGAAGGCAGAGGUCACCACUGGACUAUUGGUUUCAAGAUUAGACCACUGUAGCCGAAUCAGAGGUCAGAAAGACGCCACUGCUGCUGCUGCUAAUGCCACCACUGCCCCUGCCAUCACUGCCUCACAUGCACAAAACUGGAGUCGAAACCUAGGUUAGAUUCCUGCAACCACAAACAUCCAUCAGGGAUGGCCAGCUGCCAGAGCUGCAGGAAGACAGAUCCCACCGCCCUUUCUUAGCAGAAUCUAAAUUACAGCCAGAACUCUGGCUGCAGAGGAGUCUGAGACAUGUAUGAUUGAAUGGGUUCCAAGUGCCAAGGGGCGGAGUCCCCAGCAGAUGCAUCCUGGCCGUCUGUUGGGUGGAUGAGGGAGUGGGUCUAUCUCAGAGGAAGGAACAGGAAACAAAGAAAGGAAGCCACUGAACAUCCCUUCUCUGCCCCACGGGAGUGUCUUAGACAGCCUGACUCUCAACAAACCACUGUUAAAACUUACCUGCUAAGAAUGCUAGAUUGAAUGGGAUGGAAAGAGCCUUCCCUCGUUAUUGUCAUUCUUGGAGAGAGGAGAGCGACCAAGGGCAGCUCCUCUGAUUCACCUAGAGCCUGUUCUCUGCCCUGCUUGGCUCAGCCUACAGAGAUUAGAGUCGGUGAAGGGACAGAGGACAGGGCUUCUAAUACCUGUGCCAUAGUGACGGCCUCUAUCCCUGUCCACCGUCUUGGUGCUGAACCAAUGCUAAGGGCACCUUCUUAGACUCACCUCAUCGAUACUGCCUAGUAAUCCAAGGCUAGAACUCUCAGGACCCCAACCUCCACCUCUUGGAUUGGCCCUGGCUGCUGCCACACACACAUCCAAGAGCUCAGGGUCAGCUCUAGUGGGCAGCAGCGACCUGCUCUGCCAAGGUGUCCAGCAGCAGAGUGGCCCUGGCCUGGGCGUUGCAAGCCAGUGAUGCUCCUGAGUAGACCAGGUGGCGGGUCGCAGUUGGGUGCCUUCCAUUCUCACCACACAGACUCUGGGCCUCCCCGUAAAAUGGCUCCAGACCUAGGGUAAUUAUGAGAUGGUGGGAACCAGGGCAGCUCAGGUGCAUGAAACAAGGAGUGGUUGUCAUCUGGGCAGGGCAGAGAGGAGGCCUUGCUGAUCUGAAAAGGGGUGUAUUUCAUUCCAGGCUCUCAGUCUUUGGCAAUGGCCACCCUGGUGUUGGCAUAUUGGCCCCACUGGAACUUUUGGGGGCUUCCCGGUCUAGCCACACCCUUGGGUAGAAAGACUUGACUGCAUAAAGAUGUCAGUUCUCGCUGAGUUGAUUGAUAGACUUGUCACCCUAAAAACACCCACAUAUGCUUUUCUAUGGAACCAGAUAAGUUGACACUAAAGUUCUUAUGGAAAAAUACACACACAAUAGCUAGGAAAACACAGGAAAAGAAGAGUGCUGAGCAGGGCCUAGUCUUAGCCAAUAUUAAAACACACUAUGAAGCCUCUGAUAUUUAAACAGCAUAGCGCUGGUACGUAAAUAAACAGACCAGUGCAUUGGGUGACUCUCUCCAAGACUCUGGGGAAAAAAGUAAUAAAAAGCUAAAUGCAAUCAAUCAGCAAUUGAAAGCUAAGUGAGAGAGCCAGACGGCCUCCUUGGUGGUGAAAGAGGCUUGCAUUUCUUGCAGCCAGAAGGCAGAGAAAGUGAAGAUCAAGUCCAGAACCGAAUCCUAAGAAAUACAGGACUCCAAAGAAAUUGGUGUGUGCGUGUGUGUGUUUAAUUUUUAAAAAGUUUUUAUUGAGAUAUAAGUCAAUACCAUAAAGCUCUCACCCUUUUAAAGUGUACAAUUCAGUGGUGUGAGUAUAUUCAUAAGAUUUAUACUUGGUGUCUAUUCAUAAAACUUAUAUGCAGCAUAUUCGUAACUAGAGCCAUAUCACAGAUGCAUUCAUCAUAGUAAUUCCAGACAUUUUCAUCACCCUAAAAGGAAACCCUGAAACCCAUUAGCAGUCAUUCCCCAUUCCUCCAACCCAUUCUCUCCCUAAUCCCUAGAAACCGCCAAUCUGCUGUGUAUUUCAUCUAUUGCAAAUAUUUCAUAUAAAUGGCAUGAUACAA